CUCAGUGUUGCAAGAAUCUAUCAGGACUCUCUGUGCCCGAACCAAGCAAGUUCCUUUCUGGAUAUUUGUUCGUUUUGCAAUUAAAUAAAAGAAAUGCUAAGAAAGUGGGCGAAGAGAGCUGUAAUGAUGGUCACAUGCCAGCAUUUCGCAGAUACCAAGAGAUAGCAAUUGUUUGGAGCUCAAUCAAAUUUUACGAGCCUUCAUGCAAACUGCAACCAACUUCACUGUGGUCAUCUAGACGAAUUGAUUGUUAGAUCCCUGAAGUGCUUCGCAAGAUCAACAGGAUAGUGAAAAGCGACAUUCACACAUCCCGGGGAGAAAAAACCAUUAGUCCAGCAAAAGAAACCCAGAAAAAGAGGCAAUGCAUGCUUUAAUUUGGGUUGUGCUACUUUCUCUGGAUGUGGACUGAGUUCAAUGCGGCAACCAGGAAGUAUGGAGUGAGUGACGAAAUUUACGAGCGGAAUUUCGCUUUCAAAAGCUUCCACUACCUCUUCUCGGUCGCCCUGGAUAAGUUAAAAGGAAAGAAAUUGCAGACCUAUCGGGGAAGUGAGAAGACAUUCUGGGCCAGGGAAGGGAAAAGUGUGCGGUUCGGACAAUUUGCUUCAUCAUCCUUGGAUUUGAUGGUAGCCAAACGAUUCAUGAAGAACAUUCAAGGUGAAAACACGUUGUUUGAGAUCAAAACCAAAUUGGGAGUAAGUGUCAGCCAAUACUCCUACAUAAAGAAUGAGGACGAGGUCAUCAUUCCUCCAACAGAGGUGUUUAAUGUCAAGUACAAGCGAUGCUCAGAAGAGCCGGGGAAUAAAAAAUGGGUGACGUUUGGGCUGCAGGCUGUGGGAUGUCAGGGCAUUGCGGUGACGGUGGAAAAAACCAAUGAAGGUUCGUUGAAAGUGAGAAGAGGACGUGGAAAAUGCCCCUCUUAUUGCAAGUGCUCUCUGGGCUGAGAGCAACUUGAACCUGAAAUCAAGAAACUCACAUUGCUGACUCACACCAACAAUAGUCGCUUACAAUUAACAAUUCAUGCUUGACAAAAUAUUCCUGCUUGCUUUGUAACUGCUAAUAAAUGCUGCAUCAUUGAUAAUUCAUCAUGAUAAUUGUUCAUUUUUAUUCAUUCACAGGUUAUGGUCAUUCAUUGUUGAUAGUAAUUCGUUGUUCUGAAUCAACCACAUUGCUGUGGGUUUGGAGUCACAUGUAGGCCAGACCAGGUAAGGAUGGCAGUUUCCUUCCCAAAAAGACAUCAGUGAACCAGAUGGAAAUUCCCAGACAAUCAGCAAUUGUUUCAUGGUCAUCGUCAGUCUUUUGCUUAAAACAUUUUUCAAUCAACCUGCUCAGAGAUUUUAUUACACAUCAUUGGAAAUUGUGGGACAGGAACCCAGACUUCCUGGCUCAGAGGGUUGGACACUACUACAGUGCCCCAAAAGUCCUAUUAUUAGAGCCUCUUCUCCUUU